CAAAGAAAUGUUCUCGGCUGUCAUAUCAACAGGCCUGGACCGGUCUCGCGGAUCGACCAUUCCACUCAUUGAAGAGCAACAAGACUUCAAGGUCCACAGACCUAUAGAAACCUCCUGUACCACCCAACGCCACUGUCACACCUAUCACUGCGUAGGCGAUCUUUGCUGGGACAAGGUCCGAAUGUGACGUGGAAUCUCCAUGACCACAAGUAUAAGGUCCGAGUUGCCGCAUCAUCAGAACUAAGCCCUAUUAGACCAGCGGAGAUCAAAAUGACCGAGCGCAAAAUUCCACCGCCUGACGACAAAGGUUCCCAGGAGGCAUCACCAAAAGAUGAGACAACGAACGACUCCGGGACCCCCGCGAAAGAAGACCCCGCGGACCCUAACACACCAUCGACCAAUGAGUCCCAAGAUGGUCAACCUCAGCCGAACGAUGAUUUGCUUGAAAAGAUAAAAUGGGCCAAAGAAUGGAUCAAAAACAACCCCAAAGCCGCCGCAGCUCUCGGUCUCACAGCCGGCGGACUAACAGUUGUCGCUGCCCCCGCACUGCUCACCGGGCCAGUGUUGAGUUUCAUGGGUUUUGGUUCCAGUGGAAUCGUAGGAGGGUCUUUCGCGGCUGCAAUUCAAGGCAUGAUAGGUAACGUUGUGGCUGGUAGCUGGUUUGCUACCGCUACAAGCGCGGCGAUGGGAGGGUAUGGAGUCCCUGUUGUUGCGGCUGUUGGGCAAGGGGUUGGGGCUGCCGCAGCGGUUGCGGGUGGCGCGUAUGCUACUAAGGAGCUGAGGAAGGAGCAGGCGGAUAAGGAGGGGGAAGGUGAGGGUAAAGAUGAAGGGGGUGAGAAUCCGAAAGACCCAGGAAAUGAUGGUAAUGGUAAUGGUGAUGAUGGGACAGGGACGGAAGAGGAGAAGGCCUCUCGUUGGAGACAGAGUGGGCUGGGCCGCAGGGACUUCGAUGAUGAGUCUACUUUGUUGGACGACUCGGACUCCGAAACCUCUGACAAGGACUGGCUUUAGGAAGACUGCCCUACGCGUUGCGAGUUUCUUUCAAAUUGUCGGUUGGGUUUGUAACCAUCGAUCUGGGACAGACCUCUGGAUGCCCCUGUGGUUCUAGGCCGGCAUCAAGCAGCACAACCCAACCCAGUCGUUACCUCUACCCUCUUCUUCGUGCGGCUUUUGCCCGCCGCUCUUACCCACACCUUCCGUGUGUGCCUGCCGUUCCUGCCUCCGGCCUGACCCUCCCGCCUACCCCACGUCAUCCCAUGUCUCAACCCCAUCUAUGGUAUUCAAUCUCUUUCAAUUGAGCAUUCUCCCGUGGUGUGGUCCGUUGGUGUAAUGGUAAUAUUCCCGGCGUGGUAAAUCCGCGUCUGCAUGCGUGCCGCAUGAAGAUAACGGUUCGAGUCCGUUACGGACCAUUACCCGCUCUUUUUUUGCUCUC